AUGCAUUUCUGCCAGAAAAUCGUUCUAGCGUUGACGGCGCUGAUCUUCAGCUCCACCGCCGUUUCCGGACUAUCCACGCAGGCUGGGACCGUUAUUACUCCUCCACCGCCACAGCCUACCCUUUGCUCUCCACUCAACCCUCUCAAGCGCCAGGAGAGCUGUUCCUAUGGCCUUUGCGGCACGCAGUGUCUAUCCCAAGGCGCGUUUUGCUGCGGGCCUGCAGGAACUCUCGCAACCUCACCUUACUGGGUCUGUGACAAUGGAGCAUGUAUAACCAGCGUUCGAGGAUCCACAGGCGUUGUAGACUGCUAUGAUCCGGAUAACCCACAAGGCACAACGCAAUCGUGUAUAGACAAUGUCCCCACAGCAACUUGCUCUUCCACUGAUCGUUGCUACACCUGCUCUACCGACGAGCCUUUCUGCUUCUGGGAAACCUACGUGCAGACCAACCCAACCACCUUGCGGUGGUUCUCGUGUGUGCCAUCUAAGAUCCCAGAUGUGACCUUCUACGCGGCAACAAUCACGGGCAAUCUUUCAUCUUCCACUCGUUCACCACCACUAUCCACAUCGAGCUCCACUCCUGGGCCAAAAUCCUCCACCGGCGGCCCCGUCCUAUCCACUCACACCAUUAUUAGCAUCGCAGUCGGUGGGGGUGUAACAUUGAUAGGAUGUAUGGCGAUCAUAGCGUGGUGCUGCGUCUUGGUUCGAAAGAAGAACCAGAGGAAUACACAAGACGGUGUGUACCAGAAUGAGCCUCCGCCUCGAAUGAUGCAUGAUCGCUCUCCCGCGGAAUUGCCCGUUGGCUCACCACCUCGCUACUACGACCAACAGCUUCCCCAGAUGAGCCAGGCUCUCGGUUCCACGGCUUUUGGAGCAGAGACUGUUCAUGAUGACGUGGGUGUUCAUACACCAGUGGCAGAGUUGCCGGGAAAGACGGCGAGUGCUGGGGUGACGGGGCUGGGGAAGUACGAGCAACAGGAGGGAGAGCGGCGGGUAUAUGAGCGCGAGAUUGCGUAUGGGAAUCAGAAUGAUGUGCGGGCAACAGAACAAGAACCUGCGCGUGCUCAGGGCACCGACUUUGUGGAGCUGAGCACAAAUAGGGGGAGUUACACCGAGGGAGACGAUUGGGGACAUAUGUCGCCGGGGGUGGGGGUAGCAAGGUAG